CUUUGUCAAAAAAGUCUGACCUGGAGGCCAUAGCUGAAACAAUCGCUCCUGUCAUACUGGCUGAGCUAGCCAAGAUGAAGUCACCAUUAUCAUUAUCAUCCUCUGCUUCUACAUCCUCCUCCUCCUCAAAGAAGGCGAAGACCACCAAGUCAUCUGAAAGUAAACCUGGACUUCAUAAGAGUGAAGCAAGUACCUCUUCAAAGCCUAAGGCUAGUAAAUCUUUUACUUCAACAAUGGUCAAAUUACAUGGGAUUGUCGAAACUUUUUCUCAUGAAGACGUGGUUGCUGCUGUGGAACAUUUUGGAAAAACAGAGUCCAUUGUACUGUACAGGUCCAAGCUAGAGGCAAAAGUGAAUUUCAUGAAAGGAGAGGAUGCUCAAAAACUGAAAAAGUUAAAGAGCAUCGACAUAAAAGGAAUGCCAAUCACUGUUGUCAGAGAACAGAAUACUGUUACAAAGAAGCCUCUUCCAACCUUUUACAAAAAACAACAGAAGCUUCCACAGAAAAAAAUCAUCAAGUCAGCUAAAUCCGCUUCAACUGGAAAUUCUUUUAAAAAGCCGUUGUCUUUGUCAUCUGGAGACAAAAAAAAUACAACAGGCAAACUUGUUACUAAAGCAAAAGUCUUGGUUUCCAAAGCAAAAAGUGUCUCAACAAAACCGAUAUCCAAAACCUUAAAGCAAGGCAAAGUAGCUGCAAAAGGAGCUGUAAAUGUUGUUCAAGAGAAGAAAGAUGCUUCAAAUCUUAAAGGUUCCAAAAGUUCAGGAAAGCAGCAGGGUGAUGCCGUCUCAAAACAAAGACCUGCCCUCAAAAGAUUUGAAAGCAAUGCUAAAAACUCUGUAGUUGCAUCUAAAGAUACAGUCAAGGUGGUCCAAUUGUCAAAAAAGACUGUGAAUCCAAUUAAAGGAACUGCAAUUGUCACUCGUGCAAAGGUCUUAGUUGCCCAAGCACAAACGGCCUCAACUAUCGACAAACCUCAAAGUCAAUUACAACAAUUGGCUGCAACAGGAACUUCAACAACAUUAAAUGUGGAAGAAAUUACUGUAAAGGGCACUAAUGUUCAAUCUAAAACUUCAGAAGAUAAGCCUGGUGUAGAGACUUUAAAGCCACCAGAAAUGGAAAUAAAGUUUCAGCAGCCAACAGUGGUGAGUGAGGAGACAACCAAGGUACUUGAAACAAGAAAUGCAACAGCUUCUGAAACAAAGAACCAGGCUGAUGAAAAAGUUAAUCAGAAGGAAAAAGAGGUCAAACACACUGAACUAUUAGAGUCUGUGAAUACAAAAGUCGUCGAGCCCAUGGAAAUUGAAAGUUUUUCCGGUAGCAAAUCCUUACGAGAACCAGAGUCCUCUGAAAUAGGACAAACACCACUACAGACUUUAGGGAGCUCAGCUCAAGCCGCUUUGGAUACAAAGCAGACGCCUGAAAGGAUCGAAAAGGGUCAAGAGCAGCAAAAAGGCAUGUUGGACACAGUUCAUGCCACAAAUGUUCCACCCAAACCUAAAGCUUCAGAAAAUAAGCCUGAUGCGACCUUCAAGACUCCCAAAAGUGAUACAAAUGUUCAAGAAUCUGCAGUUAUGCCAGAAGACAGAGCAAGAAAUGCGUCUGCUUCUGACAUGAAGCAGCAGACAGAAUUAGCCAAAGCUGAGACAAAAGAGGCCAGUCAUACUGAACCACUUGAUUCUGGGAAUAAAAAGGUGACACAGCCCACAGAACAUUUUACUGACAGAACAACUGAACUAACCGAAUCCAAUAAGGAUCAGACACCAACCAGCACAACUCAGAUUACACUUGAUGUAUCUCCAUCAAAAUAUCCGAUUCAUACACCUCAUAGAACACAGACUACCAUAAAAAAAACAGAAUCCUACAAGAAUUCAGAGGUUCAAGAAUCUGGAAUAGUUCCCAAAAAGAAAACCAAGAUUCCUGAGACAAAAAAUGUAUCAGAUUCUGAAACACAGCAGCAGGCAAAAUUGUUGAAAGUUGAGACAAAAGAGCCCAAACACACUGAGGAUUGCUUUGAGGAUACAAAGGUUCAAGAUUCUGGAUCUGCCAAAAAUGAUGUGGACGAGGCAAUGGAAGUCGAACAUUUUGCUGAGAAAAAGGCCUUACUAGACAAAUCGAGUGAGGGUCAGACACCAGCCAGUACAACCAAGACCACACCAACAAUUGAUCACCCUCAGAGACUGCAGACCAGAGCUGAGACAAAAGAGGCCAAACACAGUGAAUUACUAGAAUCUGGAAAAACAAAAGAGACAGAGUCCAUGGAAGUUAAAAGCUCUACUGAUACGACACAGACCGUUGUCAAAAACACAGAAACUUUGAAGAUUCAAAAAUCUGCAACAGUGCUUGAAAACACAACCAAGGUUCUUGAAACAAGAAAUGGAGCAGCUUCUGAAACAAAGCACCCAGUAGAAUCUACCAGUGUUGAUGUAGAUGCAAAAGAUACCAAACGUGCUGAAUCACUGGAGAUUGGAGCAUGUAAAAAGGCCCUAGCAACCAAAUUCAAGGAGAAUCAACCUUCAGCUACAGCUGACACCAUACUAUGUGCAUCUCUACCCAAACCUUCGACCCCAUUAAAGACACCACUAAAGACACCACAGACAACUAUAAAAAUGCCAUCCUCAUCACAGAUCCAACAGAGUGUGACACCAGAUCCAGAGUCCACAACUGCACUAGGACAAAAAACCCUGCAAAUGUCAGGAAGUUCAACUGAAGCUGCCCUGGAGGCAAAGCAGACGGUUCAGAGUGUGAACACAGUCGCACAGCAAAAAGAUCUUGUGAUUGCUGUGACAAGUCAAAAGGACCCGUCAAAAACUGUCAGCAAUGUUUUAGCAAUGUCAACUGCAGUAGCUGCAUCUUCCAAAACUGAGCCAAUAGCUGCAACAGCAGGCAAGCAACAGCAAAGUUUUCGCAACCUGACUGUUGGGGAGAAGAUAGAAAAGCUCAUGAAUAGAAAUCGCCUGAAUUGUUUCAAAAAUAAUAAAAAAUUGCCAAAGGUGAUAUUGAUCACAAACCUGCCAGAAUAUGAAAAUAGCUGCUACACAGAGGCGGACAUUGCCAAUCAGCUCACCCUAUUUGAAUUUGGAUAUCUAGAAGAUGACAUCUAUGUUAUUCCUCAAAUGCGUAUGGCUUUUGCCAUUGCACCAAGUCUGAUGAAGGCAAAAAAGCUUUUUCAAGCGUCAAAAGAGAAGAGUAUUAUUCUCAAUGGGUCCACACUUUGUUUGGAUUUUUUAACCCACUCCUUUCCAAUGAAUCCGCUUGGGUUUUAUAGCACCCUGAUGAAUCUGGUGAAUUAUCAGCAGACAACUGAUGAUGGAUCAACGGUAAUCUACAUCAAGAAUAUCUCACCAAGUGAGGCCAAUGAUCUCAGGGAAGCUUUGGAAAAAAUCGGUUCUGUCAAAAACUACCUGCCUCUCCUCAACAAGGUGUUUAUUGAAUUUGAGUCCAUUUAUGAUGCUGAUCGACUCGGAGUUUGGUACAGCCUCCUGAAACAGGGCUUUGCCCAUAAUGUCUACAGGGUUAAGAUACCAAGAAAUGAAUCCACAGCAAGACCACCUAGACUGGCAGCGAAAGCUUUGCCGGACAGCAAGGUUGUCGCUGAAGGGGCAACAAUCCCAACAGCAAAUUUUGGUGUUCCUCAGGGAAGCAGUUCACCAUUUUGGGUUACAAUGAAAACGUAUCCCUUUUUGUUCCCUACCACAUCUCCUUGGUUUGUCAUCCCAGAUUUUGUGACGGUCCAGCUGACAAAAAAACAGAAAAACCGUCCUCCAGGCUCUGUUUUCCCCCACAUUAUGCUGACCGGUUUGCCAGAAGGGAACUACAGACACGAGGAUGUCGCCAACCUGGUGUGGCACCAUUUCCCUGUUCAUAAUCUUCAUACUCUGUACUACAAGAUCAUCGUUUUAUCACUGCAGAGGAGGGCCUUCGUGUACUUCAGUGACUGGAAUGCCUGUACCAGUUUUGUUCAACUGCACAGGAAAAAUCCUAUUUCUGUCAGAGGUCAGAUACUCAAUAUCCACUUCGUGUUACAGGACAUGCAUCCUGGAUCCACUGAGGAGGUCAUGUACAGAAAUCUGAUGAAAUGGAGCAAUAUUCACGUUCCAGAUUCAGAGUCUCUGGAGGAGCGGCUGAUCUGUGUGGAGAUCUCUGAGACAUCUGUGGACCUCAUCAUGAUGGUCAUGCAAGUGGUGGCAUUCAGUGGUUCUUUUGUCAGAUUCUUGCCACUUGCUAACAGGAUUUACAUUGAGAUGGCAGAAUCUAGUCUUGUAACAGAGGUCUUGGAGAAGAUUGCUUCAAAUGAACAUUUAUCUACGAAUGUAAUUUGGAAAAAAGUUCGACGCAUUGAAACUUUGAAGAGCCUAAAACAGCGUCUGCAAGACUCCAGUGAGAUUAAAGUAAAUCUUGAACUGGACACCACAGAUGUUAAGUUCCCGACUGUGAUAAGUGGAGCACAGUCUUCUCUUUCUGAUAAAGGAGCGCAAACUCUUCAGCAAACAAGUACCUCUGGUUCUGCUCAACCAGCAGUAUCAGUUAGUUCCAACAUUUCUAAGUCUCUCACAGCAGGACAAAGUGCAACAGGUGACCAAGAAAUGGAAGAAACCAGUGAUAAACCAGGAACUGAGAUCAUAACAUCCACGGUUGCUCUUCAGAGCCCCAGCAAGAGAGAAACAACCUCUAGAAGUGACUUGGGUAAAGAGAAAAUGGAAGAAAAGACCUGCGGAGUGGAAAUAGAAAACCAAAGCCUGGUUGUGUCGACCACUACAAAACAGAUCUCAACAAGGCCCUUGAACAACUCGACGAGCAGCUCAUCUCCUAGUGUCAGCCAGACCUCUGUCUCUUCUUCUCUACAAUCUAUUGAAACUCCUCCCUUCCCUUGCCAAACAGCACAGCCAGAAAAUCCAGAGUCUCCAGAGAUAGCCUUACAUUCUCCAUCCUUCAGCUGUAAGCCUUCUUCAUCAACAGCAGCAGCAGCAGAUGUGACAGUAGAGACAUAUCAGCUUCAUAGAGACGAAGAAGCAAAACCCAAAGAAAGUGCAGUAGGGAAGUCCGGUAAAGUGUUAGCAGAGGGCAUUACUACAGAGACAAAUAGAACAGAAACAUUAUUAGCUAUACAUUCAGCUACACAUAGUCAGGGGUUAGAGUUGACAAGCCAAAAACCGAAUCUAGAAAUUGAUUUUAACAAUGGCAUACUCAAAGAGUCGAAGGAGAGGACAGAAGAAGAGUGCAGAAAUUAUUAUUCUGGCAAGUAUCCUGAGGAGGAGGACUUUGAAGAUUACCAAAUCCUGGAUUCGAUUGAGGAUCAAUUGGAUGAACAGAUGAAUGAAGACGGAAGCCAAGAUGGCACUGAAACCAAUUUAUCUGGGUGUGUACAAGAGCAAGGAAACUCUUACCAGGUGAUGGAUAGUGUUACCGAGGACCAAGCAUCUGUAGUUAAAGAGGACUCUCAAGAAGAUGCCACUGAUAAGGAUGUGUUAGAUUCAAGAACGAACCAAAGUCCAAGGAUCAAGGCAGCUCGAACAACCACACAAACACAAGGAGAAAUGCAGAGGUCUUUUAAAGCCCCCGAAAAUUUGGGCCAAAUCCUAAAUGUUGAAGAACAAGUCAACAAAGACAUGUCAUGCGAUGCAGAUUGUGCUAAACAAGAAACAUUUGAGAUAUUAGAUUCAAUUGACGAUAACACUGAUGACCAUGUUUCUUCAGAAACACGUAUUUUUGAUGAGCUAAAUUUCAGUUUAGAGGACUUUGUCACUGUUGAUGAAAUUGGUGACAACACUGGAGAACCAGCCUUCGGCCACCAAAGCCGCUCUUCUCAUAAGCAGAACUCUGAAAGGAAAAGAGAAAGGCAGAGCUCUUACAUUGCCUCCUCUUCUUCCUCACCCGUGCCAACUCACAUCACAGUGAAAGGAAAUUUGUCUUCUAAUGUCUUUAAGACCUCUACCUCCUCAUCUUCUCAGUCUUUUGAAACUUGUAGGAAAACACACCCAAGCAAGUUAAAGUCCCCAGCCAGAGCACUGCAUACUUCAUCCUCAGAUUGCAGGGCGCAUUCAUUAAAGAUGGCAUCAGCAGCAGAAGCUGAGACAUCGGUUGACACAUAUAAGCUGCACAAAGAAACAAGUUCUGUUGAGUCAGAGUCAAGGCAGUCACCUGGACCUGAGAAAGGCCAUAGACUGCAUAAGUUGGACAGUCAAGUCAUGGAGAGCAAUACAGAUGCAGUCAAAACCUGUUCAAAGGAAUGGAGUGAAAUUGGAUUGGAUGCUUCUGUCCAACUAUUACAUGGGUUUUCUAAACACCAAGUAGCUACCAAUCAAGAGGAUGAUCGUCUGGUUGAAAAUGAAGACUCAGCAGAGAAAAGAGAGGUUGAAGAAAACAAGAUUCAGAUAAUGGAAAAUUCUGAUAAAUCUACAGUUCUAGAUGCAGCUGAUAAAAUUGAAAUGUCAAUUACAAGUAGCAACCAAAACCCGAGAGGCCAAACAGAAGAUAGAAGAAGAAGAAUAAAAGAAAAGGAAGAAAUGUUUUCAGAAGAAUCCUCCAAAGCGUCCAAAGAUGCUGACAACAGAGACAUGAAAGACAAUUCAUCAGAUAGUACUGAUCAUGAAACCUUUGAGAUAUUAGAUUCAACUGAUGAUCAUACUGAUGACCAUGCCUCAUCAAACACCAACCUUUUUGAUGAGCCAAAUUUCAACUUGGAGGACUUUGUCACUGUUGAUGAAAUUGCUGAUGAUGUGGAAGAUAUGGCCUUAGACCACCCAAGCACGGCUUCAUCUAAACAGAACUCUAGAAUGAAAAGUGAAAGGCAAGGUUCAAAUGUUUCAUCUCCUGUAAAGCAGACUUCUACAAGAUCCCCGAAAGACUCCAAGAGCUCAGCAACUUAUUCUUCUUUCUCACAUUCCUUAUCCAAGUCAAUGAAAGCCACUGCGAGGAGCAGUUUGUGUAUGGCUAUGGAAACUCCUGCCUCCUCUGUGGAAAAAGCAGCAUCAAGUAACCCAAAAUCUCCAGCUAAAGCAUUGCAAGUUUUGUAUUCAGGUUUUAGGACCUGUGCAUCAAAAGCAGCUCUAAGUGGAGUUGAGACUUGUCAGCCAAAUGAAGAACAAGAAAAACAAACAGAGAGUUUAGUGGUAAAAUCUGAUCACAAACUUUCAGCCGAUGGCAUUGCUUUGAAAAUUGUUGAGUCAAAGUCAAGCCAGUCAUCUGCUUUUGAGCAAGGCCAGAAAUUCUUUGGAGGUGGCUAUAAGGUCUUGGACAGUAUUGAAGAUGAAAGUCCUGAGGAGUUUAGUGAAAUGGAAAUAGAUGCGCCUUUCAAAGCACUAGACGGUGUAACUGAAGACCGAACAGCAACAGUUCAAGAGGCCACUCAAACAGUUAAAGAUGAAGGUUCCACAUUGAUGCAGCUGUCCGAGGAGCAUGUGAUUCAAGUAGAUAAUUCUGAUAAAUCUGUUGCUGAAGAUUUUGCUGAGAGAAACGAAGUGCUGGACACAAGUAAGAAUCAAGCUUCAAAGAGCAGGGCCGAUGGAAGGUGGGGGAAAGAAAAAGAACAACAGAUGCUUUCAGGAGAAACCUGCAAAGACUCUGGCCAAAUGACAAAUGUUAAACAUCAAAGCAUCAAAGAAGCUUCACCAGAUAGUACUGAAGAAGAAGGCUUUGAGGCACUGGACUCUGCUAAUGAUCACGUCGAUGACCAAGUCUUUUCAGAUACCACCCUAUUUGAUGAGCAAAAUUUUAACUUGGAGAAUUUUGUCACUGUUGAUGAGAUUUUCGAUGACUCUGGGGAGGACCAAAGCACAGAUGUGUUAUCCUCUGCCGAACAAACCUCAUUAAAAUCCUUGAAAUCUUUGUCACCUUCCUCAUCUAAGACAAGGAAAUCCACUUUGAAAAGCAGGUUGUCUUCUAAUGUCAAAACGAUCUCAAACCACAAAGUUUCAAUAAAAGGCACUGCUGGGGAAACUAUUGAGUCGGAGAUAAGUCAGACACCUGGACCUGAGCAAGGCCAAGAAUUACACGAAGGAGGCUUUCAGGUCUUGGACAGUGUUAAUGAUGAUGACGCAUGUUUAAAGGAGUGCAGUGAAAUUGGAUUGGAUGCUUCUCGCAAAGUGCUAGACAAUGAUAUCAGAGACCAAAUAACUACAGUUCAAGAGCCCAAUCCUUUGGCCAAAAAUGAAAGUUUUACAGUAAAGCAGCUGUCUGAAGAUUUGAUUCUGGUAGUGGACAUUUGUGACAAAAAUGCAGCAGAGAGCAGGGGAGAUGGAAGCAAGGGGAAAGAUGAAAUAACGCUUUUGAAGGAAUCAUCCAAAGCCUCCAAAGAUGCUGGCUUAAUUGCAGAAGGUAAAAACCAGCCUCUUGAAGAGGGAGACAACACUGUAAAAGAGGGUACUGAACAACAAACCUUUGAGAUACUGGAUUCAACUGAUAGUCAUAAUGAUGAUUCUAUUUCUUCUGACGCUCAGCUUUUUGAUGAGCAGAAUUUUGAGAGUUUUGUCACUGUUGAUGAAAUUGUUGAGGAUGUGGAUGACAACCAAGGCACCUUCUCAUCUGAGCAGAACUCCAGAAAGAAAGAAAAAAGACAAAACUCAGAUGUUUCAUCUUCUGCCAAGAAGAUCUCAACAAGAUCCUUGAAAGAGUCUAAGAACUUAUCUGCUUUCUCUUCUGAAUCCAAGCCCACUGAAGCUUCAGAGAAAAGCACCCUGUCUUUAGGCUUGACCACUGACUCACCAAAAAAACAAAAAGGCUCAUCUGAACCAACCAAAUUCAAUACCACAUCUAUGCAAUCUGCUCAGGCCACUAAGACUCCUUUAUUCUCUUCUUCGCUGCCUGUCGAAAUUCAUGCAUUGCCUUUUCGCAGAGCACAGCCACACAAGACAGAAUCUCCAGCCAGAAGACCACACACUGUAUCCUCAGGCCACAAGACCCAUUUGUCAGAGAUGGCAUCAACAUCAGAUAUUGAGGCAUCUGUAAAGAUUCAAUAUUAUAAUGAAUCAGAGAGAAAAAACACAGAGUGUGCAACAGCAAAGUCUGACCACAAUGUGUCAGGAGAGGGCAUUGCGGCAGGGAAUUAUGUCGGAAAAUGUAUUGAGGAGGAGGAGGAGGAAGAUGGUGAAACUUACCAAGUCAUUGAUUCAGUUGAUGAUCAAACGGAAGAACAGCUGGAUGACGAUGGAAAUCAAGAUGGCUGUGCUAAAACCAAGUAUUCAGGACCUAAACAAAGCCACACAUUGCAUGGGGAAGGUUAUCAGAUUUUAGACAAUAUAAAAUCCACAAUCCGAAAUGAAAUAAAACAGUACAUUGAAUGUCAAGACAUCCAAAACACUUCAACAGAUGCUACUGAAGCAUUUGAGAUACUGGAUUCAGUUGAUGAUCUGACUGAAAUAGAAGAUGAUAACCAAAAAUUUGAAACCCUUGGCACCCAAGUAUCUAAAGAAGAAGAGGAAGAAGCUUACCAGGUAAUUGAUUCUGUGGAAGAUGAGCCAGCAACCACAGAGACCAAAUUGGAGGCAGACAACAAGGAAAAAAGAACAGAUAAAUCCUAUGAACCUAAAAGAGAUGAUAGACCAACAAGGAGGAGUGGAUCAAGGUCCAGAACAUCUAAAAGUGAAGAGGAGGGGAAAUUGCCAAUAAAAGAGGACAAGAUGGAGAAAAAAUAUCAGACAAGAACAAAGAAAAGCAAUACAGAAAAAGACAGAAAUAUUCUCAAGGACACUGAAAAGAUCAUUCAUGGGAAAGUAAACUUUGAUAAAGAUGAACCAAUUCAAGAUGCUUUUACUGCAGAAAGGUCUGAUAGUAGAAGGUCUGCUAGAGGAUACAAAAAGGACAAACUGACAUACACAGAACAAUCUGAAAAGCCAGAAGCGGUAGAGACUGACAACAGCAAUUCAGCCAUUACAGAACAAUCUACCAGUGGGAGAAAGGAAAGAACGGCUAAAGAAGUCCCAACAAAAGACAAGACUACAGCAAGAAGGAGAACCACAUGGGCUGUACAUUCCCAGAAACAGGAUCCUGAGAAAAAUAUAGAAAAUGAGGAGACAACGCCACUGACCAAGAAGACACCAACAACAAAGAGUGAUGCCUUGAUAAAAGACUUAAGGGAAGACUCUACCUAUGAAAUACACCCUGUGGAAGAUGAUGAUGUUAGGAAUAAUCGACCUGCAACUUCAGAAAACACAACGUUGGAAAGACCAAGGAAAUAUAUUGAGAAAACUUUUUUGGAUGACACAUCUGAGCUAGUGACUCUGGAUGAGGUGGGGGCAGAUGAGGGUGGAGACAAAGGUUUUUUGGAAGGAGAAGAGUGGAAUAGGGAUAUUACGGAGGAUGAGCUGCAGGAGUUUGUCACAUUGGAUGAGAUUGGUGAAGAAGAGGAGGAGGGACAUGAGGUCUGCCGACUCAACCCAGAUAGCCAGUCAGUGAAGUCCUUAAACCAAGAGACUUUGUCAAAUGUGAAUGAAGCAGUGCAUGAUGAGAAUGAGAAGGGUGUCAAAAAGGAGGCUCAGAAAAUCUCAAGAUCUAAUAAACGCAAACGUGAUGACAAUGCAGAAGAGAAUGUGAACUUGAAAAGAGAUGAAGACAAGGACAAGAAAGCCAUUAGAACCAGGACAAGUGGCCAAGCCAUGAAGAGGACUAGACAGAUCCCUGUGAGAAAAUCUGUCAGAGGGAAAAAAGGGGUCGCAACACACGAGAGAGAAGAUGCAGAAACAGAAUCACUGCCUGCCGCUUCACUCGAGUCCUCGUCACUGGACAAAAACGUAUCUGUACUGUCAAGUGACGACAAACCAGACAGCCAAAAAACAGAGGAGAAACCAGAGAGCCAGCCCGAUGUUGAUGCUGCCUCUGCUGGGCAACAGCAACAGCCUGAGUGUCUUGAUAAUCAGACACAGGAAGGACUGAGCAGGAGUGACGUUAAAGCUGUCCGUAAACGAAGGAGAGCACUUAUUGAACCCAAAGCAAAGCGAUCUUGUUCUCAGUCUCCUCGCAUCACAGACAACUUGGAUGCUGACGCGUCCCUUGGUGAUGAGCAUGUUGUCCAAAAGAUGGGGCUUUUCUGUAACCUCUGCUCCAUUUUCUACCUGGAUGAGCAAAAUGCUAAGGACCUCCACUGCAGAAGCCAGAAACACCAGGAGAACCUGAAGAAACAUCAACAGAGUCUUCGACGGAGGCCUUCGAGAAUGUCGAUGAGAAAUUCUCGAGGCUCUGUUAAGGAUUAAUAUAACUAGAUUUUUUUUGUGUUCUUUCCUUUUUUUAUGAGAGGUGCAAACAAAACCACGUGUCGUUGAGAUUUGGUGGCGAGUGACUCAAGUUCAUGGACACGUUUAAAAAGUAAACUUUCAUGUGAGUAAUUAGCACUCAUGAACAUAUUCUUAUAAGAAAAAAAACUAAGAGCUUUCUUUCCUCUGGUUGCAGAAGGGUUUUAGUUGUAUAGAAGUUGGUAGGAAGUCUGCUUGUUUCAGGUAAUUCUAACAAAAACGUGACGUUUGUUUACUAAAUGUUGGUUAUUUUUAAGAGGGAGAUAGGAUUACCCACAUUUCACUCUUUAGCUAACCGGAUGCACGUUUACAGUUGUGUGCUCCACUUGUUUAAGUCAUGUGAAACAGAAAGGAUGUCAGUUUUCAGCUUCAUGUACUUUGCUGCUGUUAGAGAGAAGCAUGUUGUGUAGAUUUAUGCAAAGCUAAUAUACUUUUUUCCUCUUUCAGUGAGAGAGAGUAUAACUUUUUUUUUUUUUUUAUGAUUGGUUUGCUGUAUGUAAAAGCUGUUAACUAUGUUAUGGUAACCCUGUAAAUCUUUAUGCACAUCAGUGAUGUUUAAAUGCAACAUUUUCUCCCUGCAAGUCACUACAGAAAUAUCUGUACACAUUUCCUGUGUAACCUCGGGGAAAAUAAAACACUUCCUGUUUUUUCAGCUUUA